AUGCCAGUAAGAAAUGCUGCUCAAUGGUUAAAUGAAACAUUUGAAAGUUUAAUGAAACAAAUCAUUGAGAAUAUUAAUAUUGAAUUAUCUAUUUAUAAUGAUGGCAGUUCAGCAAGUGGUUCUUCAUUGAGAGAUGAAACUUUAAAUAUAAUUGAACAAUGGAGAAAACAAUUAGAAUUGAAAUAUAAAUUAAUUGUUCAUGGAUAUGAAAAUGAAGAAGCUCGUGGUGUGGGUUACGGGAAAAAUCGAGCAGUUCAAUAUUCAUCUGGUCGAUUUUUAUGUUUUCAAGAUGCUGAUGAUCUUAUGUGUCCAAAUCGAAUUCAUAGACAAUAUCAUGUAGCUAUCAAUGAAAAAGAUGAUGCAAUAUUGAUCGGUUCAAAAUAUGAACGAAUUCCAGAAGGAUCAACCGAUCGAUAUACACAAUGGGCUAAUAAUUUGACAGAAGAACAACUUUAUACACAAAUAUAUUUGGCACAUGGACCAACUCUUAUUAUGCCAACUUGGUUUUGUUCAAGAUCUUGGUUUGAUCGACUAGGUGGUUUUGAUGAAAUUGCUAAAGGUCAUUGUGAAGAUUUAACAUUCUUUUUUAAACAUCUUCGUAAUGGUGGUCGAUUAUAUCGAGUGAAUGAAAUUCUUCUUUAUUAUCGAUAUCAUUCAGAAGCAACAACGUUUUCCGUACAUGAGAAACUUUGUGAAACACGAUCUAAAAUGGAUGUUAAAGUAUUGAAAGAUGUUAUAUGGUCAGUACGAAUACAAGAAAUUCAAUUAAAUAUUAUUAAUAAUCUGGAAAAAUUGACUAUUUGGAAUGCAGGAAAACAAGGAAGAAAAUUUUAUCGAUCAUUAAAUGAUAUAAAUAAACACAAGGUUAUUUGUUUUUGUGAUAUGGAUCCAAAAAAAAUUUCAAAAGGAUUUUAUACUGAUGAAUUAUCUCAAGAUAAACGUCGUAUACCAGUUAUUCAUUUUACACAAGCCAUUCCUCCAAUUAUAAUUUGUGUUAAACUUGGUUUAACAAAUAAUGAUUUUGAAACAAAUCUUUCUUCAAUGAAUCUACGUGAAGGCAUCGAUUAUUGGCUUUUUAGUUGA